AUGUCCGCCUCACAGCUCACCCCCAGAGCCAAUCCAGUCCCGCUUCCCGAAAAGUUGCUCCCAACGCCGCCAUCACCCUCUUCUCCCUCUUCUUCUGACGUCCCCACCUGCACCUCCCCUGCGUCACUUCUCACAGCCAACACGCUCAAAGCUCUUCCGGCUCACCCUACUUUCAAUCGCAGCUGCACCGAACCCGACUGCAUCCGUGGCGUGCCAGCCACACAUUCCGCAUCGCCAGCAUAUCCUCCGCGCUCCAAAUCGACAGGAAAUACGGCUUCCUUUCUCAAUUUCGAUUCCUCUUCAUCACACCAGCCAUCUUUCACUCUCCAAAAAGCGCAACAAGGACUCGCCAUUCGUGCUUCUGUCAGUCCCGAGUCGUCGCCGCCUCAAACUUUCUACUCGCCCCGAAUGGCGCCAGAGUCACCACGCACCACGCACAAGCCUGCACAGUCCAAGUCCGUAGCAUCCAUACCCGUUUCAAACUCGAUUUGCACGCCAGCACGCCCAUCGCUUUCAGCCCAUCACGACAGCAACGCAUCGGCCGCACCGCCUCGCCACAGCUCCGCUGAAAACGCGCCUUCCUUCGAUCCUUCCGCUUUCCCAGUCAUGGGCGCCCAGCAUGAUUGUAACUAUCAGUCUUCGCCUGCCAGUCAGAGGCUAAGCUCGCAGCACACCCACUUCUCCUCGGAUGAUUCGGUACGCAACUCGUCGUCAACGCACACCUCGGUCUGGACCGACCGCAGCUUGACCAGCUGCGCCACCAGCCCUGCUUGCACACCGUACAAUCUCAAAUCGCACGUGCGUGGCAAACCAGCAGGUGCAGGCGACACCGCCGACGAGCUCGACGAGAGCUCCGUCGGUCUCGGCAUCACUUCCGAUCUCGAGCACGGCAUGUCAAGUCGAAGAUCGAGUGCUGCUCUUGUCCUGCCUUCCACUAUGCUUCCUGCUAGCGCCAGGGCUCUGCAAGGCCCCUUUUCACAUCACCGCGCUCCUUCCUGGACUCGACGCGUAGAUGUGUCCCCGCUCGCGGGUCUUCAUUCGCACUCGAGUGGAUAUGCAGAUGGUCAUGCUUCACCGUUUCAGGACAAAAUGCGAGCCUUUGCACUCAACUCCGGCCUUGGCAUGCAGCGGGCAUUGAGCGACGUCAUGCCCGUCUCGUCGGCGAGCGAGGACAUCGCUGCUGCUGUCGCAUCCGCAUCGUCUUCAGCAAUCGUUAAUCCCACCAUCCCGCUUCGACGUGAUUCGCGUGCCCGUUGCUCAUCAGACUUGUCCAACUAUCGAUCAGCAGCAUCCGCCUCUCCACUCUCCACUUCAUCUCCUACCUCCAACUCGGGUCGCUUCACCCCUGCAGUUCCUUCAACUUGGAGCGGUCUUGGUGGCGGUCACCUCGACCUCUUGCAGAGUCCGCCGCGCAACAGCUCGUUGCGAGCACCGUCCUACCUCACCAAAGGGAGCUCGCCACCAACUCCGCCGGCCAGUGCUUCUCAGAGGCCUCCUUGCCCGACAUUGGACCGGAUCACGACCAUCAAUGACCUCAGCAACUCCAUCUUUGCUGUCCAAGAGGCACCCGAGGCAGUCUCAGAUCCAAAUUCACCCACAGGCUCCGUAACAGAACCAUCCUUGCGCACAUCCUCGGCUGCGUCUUCUCGCAGACGCAGAGUAUCGGAUGUCUCCAUCAACAGCUUCCUGCAGAAUGGCGAGUUCAGUCACAUCGUCGGAGCCUACACAAGCAAGAUGCGUUGGGAGGAAGGUCUCUACGACUUUGACGAGAAUGCCGAGAUGGACGGCGACGAAUCCAGGGCGGUAGCCACCGCUGAGGAUGGUAGCGCUACCAUUGUCCAGGGUCGCGAUCUUACACUUGAGCAGAUUCAGACAGAGACUGGUCCCAACACUACUCACCUCUUGCUCAGCGGCAACCAGUCAGAAGGACUCGUCCAAGUGCUCGAACGCGUCUUGCCCCUCACCACCAAUUUGCUCGUUCUCGACCUGUCCAACUGCCAUCUGCAACGCCUUCCUGAUGCCAUAGGCGCUUGCAUUGCCCUCGAAGAGCUCGACAUUUCGCGCAACCCAGUCGGCUGCUUGCCUGACUGGAUCCUAAACCUUCGCGCGCUGCGAACCAUGUCGGCCGAUUGUAUCGGACUACACCACCUGCCCUCGAGCCUUAUCCAGCUACAGGAGCUUCAGCGUCUGAGCCUCCGCCACAAUCAGCUUGUGUUUUUGCCUAGCUGGCUUCACCGUAUGUCGAAGCUCAACAAUCUCUUCGUUGAGGGAAAUUGCUUUGGUGGGCCAUGGCAGGAUAUCGUUGCGCCGCUGCUCUCGCAAUUCCAGCGGCCUCUCGCAGCUCCUUGGCAGCCUGCACCUUCGCAGCAGCUUGGUGAUGCUUCCGAGGUGCCAGUCCGGUCCAGCAGCGCUACUCAUGUUGGCUUGCACCAAGCGCCCGAACGUCCCUUCAUGGCUCGAAUGCGAAGCGCAAACGAUCUGCAGAGCAUGCUAAGCGGUCCCUUUGGAGCCCGAACUCCGCCCGCGUCGGCACGUGACUCCCACAACGAUGACAGCGGAUACUUUAGCCCCCGUGAUGCACACGCACGCCCCGCCACUGGAUACGAAGACCACCUCACCGAACUACCAGGCGCAGAUGGAGCGGAUCCGCACGUUGCUGGAAGCGGCAAGUGGGGCGGAUUUCUCAAAAAAAUUGGACGCAAGGCUUCUAAUCAAAGGCUUAGUGCUGGUUAUCACGACCAAACGACGAGCCCUAAUGAGAGUCGAUUCUCUUCGCCCAAGGCGUCGCGCAAAUCUCUUCGUUCAUCUACGGGCCCUUCAAGGUCCAACUCCAUCUCGAAGAACAGUCCAACUCCCGUUAUAUCUCCGUCGCAAUCCGAAAAUAUCUGCCCCCCCAUUUCCAUCGCCUCUCGCAACCUCGCCGCUGCCGUUGGCCAGGAUAGUGGCAGUCAAUUGGCUCCUAUGACACCACUCGGUCCGCCAUCCGAGCCUUUGAUGCUGUCGAGGCCAGCAACUUUCUUGCAGCCCUCCUUGUCGUCAGCAGAAGCGAAGAAGGCGCGACGACGCAGCUUCUUGCCUGUGCUCGCCAACGCUGCUGUUGCGUCUCCUCACGCAGCUGCCCCUUCUCAAGAGGAGAUGGACGAGGAAAGCCUCGCCAGGCACAGCAAUCGACUGCGUGCGCUCAUGCACUACCUUCGCGACUUGGACGAUCUCACCGCCGCGCGCACCGAAGCAACCUCGUUUGUUGGUCCCAGCAAGAGCGCGCUUGUGCACCUUCGAGACGUCAGCGGUCACUCGCGCUCAACGAGCAUGCAUCGAGCCGAGUCAAGCAAUCCCUCGACCAAGUCGCGAGACUCGGGUGGAGAGUACGUUGCCAGCACAGCCGCCAGCUCCAUCUCUGAAGGUGCCUCGUCCGAGCCAGCACGUCUGAGCACGGCGCAGUGCAGCAAAGACGACUCGGUCAGGCGAUUCCGUAUCAUUGCCGAGAUUGUGUCGACGGAGCGUACCUAUGUCAAAGGGUUGAGCGAGCUGGUCGACAUCUACGUUAAGCCGGCUAUGGCGCCUGCGGAUGGCAACAGUGGAGUCGCUGUGAUUCCACCCAGCGAACAUCGCGCUGUCUUUGGAAACGUCGAAGCGCUACUGCAAUUCCACCGCACUGUGUUUCUCCCGUCGCUGGUAGCUAUGGCGGGUCCAGUGCUAGAGCACGACCAGGAUGCGCCAGCAGAUAUGGCUCCCGAAGAGACAGCGGCCGUAGCCGAAAAGGUGGCCUCCGUCUUUUCAACCCAUGCUGCCUUCUUCAAGAUGUACUCGAGCUACAUCAACAAUUGCGACUCUGCGCAGAAUCGCAUCAACGCAUGGACGGCUCCUCCUGCUUCUGGCACCAGCGGCAGUCUUUCGCUGCGUGGGGCACCUGGCUACAGCACUCUUCACUCAUUCGGCGCCAGCUCUGCGCCUCAAGGCACAGCAGCAGCCAUGUAUGCCAGUGGCUCCAACAACGGUGCGAUGAGCACAAACGCAGGAUCCGGCAUUUUCGGUGCAGAUGGUGGCUUGUCGCCGUCGCAGCGCAAGAAGGUACGAACCUUUAUGAAGCGCUGCCGCACGCAUCCUCGUCACGCGCAGCUCAACGUUGAAAGCUAUCUACUGUUGCCAGUGCAGCGAAUCCCGAGAUACCGCCUGUUAUUGGAAGAUCUGGUGAAGAGCACCGACCCAAGUCGACUAGCUGACGGCGAUGCGCUAGCAACGGCGCUGGAGCAUGUAACGCAGAUCGCGUCCAAGGUCAACGAGAGCAAGCGUCAGUCCGAGCAAGAUCGACGACUGCUGGCAUGGCAAUAUCGUAUCCGCGGACCCAUCGAUGGACCUCUGGUUCAGCCCCAUCGUCGACUGCUCAAAGACGGAACUUUGCAGCUCAAGCGUGUGGUACGUCGCAUCCCCGGAUUCGUACGCUCUGACAGGAGCGUGUCGGUGGGCACCGCCGAGCAGCGGCAAAGUCAGAGUCACGUGCUUUCGGCGGACCAUCUGCAGCAGGUGACUGAAGACCAAAGCAUGUCUCUCAUCCUGUGCAGCGAUGUUGCGGUGUUAUGCGCCGAGCAGACAAGGAGCAAGGAUGGCAAUGCACCUGUGUUGCUUCGCUCGAUGCUCAAGCUCACGCGACCAGCCGAGAUCCUGGGUGGGUUGAACCUGCGCAUUGUGGAUCGCGCCGAGAUCCUGUAUCUUGCCGCAUCAUCGCCGGAAGAGGCUGUUGCGUGGAAGACGGCUUUCGACCUUCAUUUCUACCAAUGA